GAGGCUGUGGAUACCGCCAGCGGGUGGGGGCCUGGGAGGCCACGGGGCAGUUCUGCGGCGGCGGCGGCCCAGCUCAGGUGGCCCGCGCACGGGCGACCGCAUUGCGGAGCCACCCCGCGAGCGCAAGUGUCGCUGCGCCAGCGCGCACAGGGCCGCGCGCACAGGGCCCCGCACACCCGACCUCCGCACCUGCCGCGGGUCCAAAAGGGAUCCUGCAAAAAUGAGCCAUUCUCACCCGGCUGGAUUGCUUGCAGCAUAUAAUAGUCUUACCGAUAAACACCUGACUGGAUAUUUUAAUAACACAAGGAUAAGGCGGCAUCUCUUAAGAUCAGGGCUGAUCACAAGAAGUGGAAGAAUACUUUCUGAAAAAGAAUACAAGCUAAAUAUCAUGAAGAGGGAUCACCAAAAAUAUAUCCGGGAGUGCCUAGCUCAGGCUAUUUUCCAUAAGGUUCUUGAUAUGGAGCGGUAUCAUCAACUUGAAAUAAAAAAAAAACUGGAGAUGUUAGCUAGGAAGGAGCGAAUUCAGAGAUUUAAGGGAGAACCCACAAGAUGGUCUGUAGAAAAUAACAUGCCAAUCCUGUCUCCCCAUCCCCCAGUUGGCCCAAAGACUAACCGUGGCCAUAGUGUCCUGGUUGAUGAAGGACAUUCCAGUCCAGUAACACUGACAGCCCCUCGACCAUACACUGCCCCAGGAUAUAUGCAGCCUCCAAUUCGAUUAAAGCCUCUUCCCAGUAAUCCUGCGGUAGGAACUGUUCCAAAGAUAACUUCGGGGUCCAGAUCGAAAACCUCAUUGCUGGAAAAUGAAGCUCCAUUUCCCAUUGGGGGCAAGAAGGCAGUGAUGAAGUUCAAGAACUCCCUGGACAAUUCACAAGGAGUGAAUCGCUAUCAACUUCCAAACAUUAACAAUUACACAAUGCCUAUUCCUCCUGCACCUCCUCCCCCCAGUGGAAGAAUCAUAAGGGAAAAUAGACUUGAGUCAUGGAGAAGGAGAAGAUUUCGUCCAACCACUGCUCCAGAUGGCUUAGAUCCUCUCUUUACCAGGGAUUCAAGAAAGAUUCAUAAAACACCACCACACAGUAAUGCAGCUAUUACAAUGAUCUAUUUGGGGAAAACUGUGCACCUGUCUCAUGAUCACCCAGACUUUCGGGAUGAAAUAAAAGUUUAUCAACAGCAUUGUGGUGGGGAAAACCUUUGUGUCUACAAAGGCAAACUACUUGAAAAAGAGACCUUUCAGUUUGUUUCCAAAAGGCACCAUGGUUUCCCCUUCAGUCUCACCUUUUUCCUGAAUGGGAUGCAGGUGAACAGGUUAAGCUCCUGCUGUGAAUAUAAGCAUCGGAAAGGUUCCAGACUUGGAGGCAAACGAGGCUACUUCGGGUUUGUGUGCGUGCAGAGAUCAUCUCCUUGUUACAAGUGCAUUAUUGCAAUGGGCCUUGACAAAAAUCCAACUUCACCAAAGCCUAAGAAAGAAAAGAGUAUGGAGAAGAGAGAAGAACUGAAGAAGGGUGAGGGGAAACUGAGGAAGGAUGGAGGGUACAUGAUACCGAGAAGGAGUGAGAUGGAGGGGAACAAAACCGCUUCAGUCAUUUUUUCAGCUCAAGAAGAAAAAUCAGGGAUCGUAGAAGUGAGAACAGCUGUGGAAGAAAUGGAACUUAAAGGAAAACCAGGACAAGAUGUUUGGGAAGGUGCCCAGGAAAAUAUAUUUAAAUACGAAUAUGAAGAAGAUUUUGAAGUAGAUGAGGAGAAACAAGAUGAGAAAGCUAAUGAAGAAGGACAGGCUGAUGAUCAAAUGAAUGAGAUGUCAAAGUCACCCUCAGAUGAUGAAAAAGAUCAUUUAGACCCUGAAAAGGAGAGUGAAACCUCGUCGCAGAGGGCAGCAGAUGCUGAUGACAAUAUGAAGGAUGAAGGGGAUGGAUGCUGUGACAGUGAGCUAGAGGAGGAUAAACAAGAUAUAAAGACUGUUUCAUCAUCUUCAUCCAGAAGUCGUCCAUGUUCUAGUUGCAGUGAAGAUGAGUCUGCAUCGGGAGAUAGAGGGGCCCACACUGAAAACAGCCUGAACAGAAGGGCCAGAAGUUCAUCUUCUCAGGAGUCGAGUGAAAGUGAUGAGCCAGGAAAAUCCCACCUUCCAAUUGAGGAUUACUUAGAAGUUGAAAUUGAAGACCAAGAAAUCAUAACAGCAGAUGUAGAGACCAAGCCUCUGCCCAUAGAGGAACGCUUGGAGAAUGUUCUUGAAGAAGAAACGGAGAAAGGAACCCAAGUGAUUGCAGCGGGCUUAUCUGAGAAGUCCAGGGAACGUGUUUCCACAGAAGAAAAAGAAAAGGAUAAGAGUAGGCUUUGGGAAGGAAGCACUGCUAAGGUGAAGGACAAAAAGGCAGGUCCCCGUAGGGUGGAAAAAGAUGGGAAGAAUUCAUUGCUAUCAGCAUAUGACCUGGCUCUUGGAGCACCACACAGGAAUUUCGAGGAACGAGCAACACUCAGCUCAGACACGGAAUCCAAGCAAGGUGCAUCGGAAGUGUACACACUGGAGAAGAAAGAAGCAGUGGAGGGGGAUGGACUUCCCCAGCACAGGGAUGCUGACACAACCAAAGAGAAAGGGGGUGCAGCCCAGUGGGGAAAAGCAGGGGUUAAUGAUGUUCCCUUGGGGGAGGGGAAGUCAACAGCCCCAGCUUUAAUAGGACAAUUUACUGAGGAAAGAGAGAUCCCUCGGGGCAUAGCAAGUGGGGCAGAGGCAGAAGCAGGAGGGGAUCCAAGGCUGGAUAAAGAGGAGUUAAGCCCCAGGGGAAAAGAAGCCACCGGAGCCUCUGGAGGUCUGAAAGGAGACGAGGCUCCUGAAGAGGCGGCCUUGCUGCCCACAGUGCUGGAGACUGAGAAGGCGGCUGCCGAGGAGGAGCGGGGCUCCCAGAAGGCAGUGCUUGCACGUGAGGCAGCAGCUCUAGACUCAGAGCGUAUUCAGGAGGCAGCAGCCAGGAGGGAGGCAGUGACACUAGAGGAGAGAGAGGCAGAGAGAGGCGAGGCCGUGGGUGCUGCAGGGUCUGAAAAGCCUGAGGUGAACAGUGAAGGGCAAGCAUCUACAGACCUGGAGGACCUGGGAGCCGCGGGAGAUGCUGCCUCUGAGAGAGAAGCUGGUUCAGAAGAGGCAGUGCUCGGGGGAGAGGAACCGGCCGAAGACAGGAAGGCAGCUGUGGGACCGCGGACACCCUUGAGCUCCUCAACUUGGGAGAAGGCUGAGGCAGCCCCGACGGGGCUUUCGGAGGACAGCCUGGAAGAGCUUUGUAAGGAAGAUGCUGAAAGGGAGGAGGUUGGGACUGAGGCAGAAUCUAAUAAAGAAGAUGACAAGAAAGAAAUGCUACCCGAGGAAUUAGGUGUAGCAAGAGAGAGGACGAAAGCUGAGAGGCCAGAAUCACCUCCGGAGGACACUGAAUCUGAGAGGGGAGAGGUGACCAGGGCAAAUGCACGGCUGGGUGAAGACAUUUUAGAAGAAGAGCACAAGUUUAAAGGGGAAGAGCAGGAAACCGCGAAGGAAGUGAGACCUGAGGAAGAGACACAAGUCUCCCAAAAUGAAAUGGAGUGUGAUGCCGAGGGUGAAGCAGCCAUGGGGCCGUUGGAGUUGACUGACGACGCAGGGCCGCAAGGGGGAGAUUCACUGAGAGAGAGGGGGGAAGCCAUGUUUGAAGCGUCACCUGGGUAUGAAGAGUCACUGGAAAACACAACUGCUCUGAAGAAACAGGAAGGAGGGGAAAGCCUGAGAGAAGCCUGGGACCCAGAGCACAAAGGCAGAGCCGAGCUGCUCCCCAGGGAGAACGGGGCUCCGUCGGGGCCGGACCAGGGGCCGGGCCCUGAGGGGGAGAGUGUGUCAGGAGCUCCUGAAACGGAGCUAGCAGGAAAGGGGCGGGCACCGGAAGCGAAGAUCGCAGCCGCAGGUGGGGCCCGGGAGUGCGCGGCCGAAGAUCAAGAUGGCCUCGCCGGACUGGAAGGAGGGGAUGGGGAAGGGCCUUUGCAAAGGCAGCAAGGAGCGGAGGUCACAGCGGUGACCCAAGAAGAUGUUUCUGAGGAAGGUUCCGCGAUGGCAGAGAAGCUGAGUGAAGAAGCUGGGGAUGCGGAGGCAGAUAAAGAGUGCGCUCCGGGGACAGGAGUGAGGAGGGACGGGGACACGCAGGGGGACGGGAGCUUGCAAGGAGGCGCGGUGGUGGCGGAGGGAGAUCUCCACCAAGGAGAAGAAGCGGCAGGAGCGGCCGCAGAGAAGAGGGAGGUGUUGGCAGAUUUGAAGACAGCUGAGGGGAAAACAGGGGCAAAUAAAGCCUCCUCCCUGCCAGAUGUUGCUGGCAAGGAAACUUGGCACAAAGUGGAGAAGUUACUAGGGAAACCGGCAGCUGCCGAGAAGGUGGUGGCAGGGGAAAGAGCGCCGAGCAGGGAGGAGGUGCCGGCGGUGGAGGAGGUGCCGGCGGUGGAGGAGGUGCCGGCGGUGGAGGAGGUGCCGGGGACUUGGGCACCGGAGGCUGAGGUGGGGGCUCCACGAGAACCUUCAGGCCCGGGAGGCCAGGCCCCUCAGCUAGGGCAGGAUCCAGAGGGCGGGGGAACUGAAACCGCGCCGCGGGCAGAGGCCGUGGGAGAGGAGCUCGGCCCGGGGAGCGGAGACGAAGGGCGGGAGUUGGAUGCGGGCGAAGAAUUCAGCCCAGGAGUGUCCCGAGGGAGAAAGUCGGAGCCUAGGGGAGAGAGUCUCCAGGGCGUGCAAACGCUCCCUGUAAAACCUGAUUACACGGAAAGCCAAGAGAGGCGAGAGCUUACAGUGCAAAGAGAAAAAGAGCAGGUGCAAACGCAGAUGUCUCCUUGA